GAACAUUGAAACAAAGCCGGUGAUCGUUAGCCUUCACAAAAUCACAACCAGAGAAAGCAAGAAGUAGACGCGUCAAUAAAGCUUUCUCAUUUUUUUCAGCACCAGACGGCUUAUCCUCCCCUGGAACGAUUCUUAGCUCAUCCCCUUCUCACUCCCACAGGUCUGAUUCUUUCUCUUUCUGAUUUGUUGAUACAAAUAAACGACAACACCCAAAACCCAACUCCCCAUUUAGCUUGUUCCUCAACUUUUGGACCCAGUUGAGGUAUAGACCUGUUCUUACAUAAGGCCUAAGAUUUAGACCCUUUUUCUAUAGCUUUGUUGAAAGUUUGGAUCAUAAUCAAAAUUGGGUCUUUGAGAUUGGUGUCCAUGAUGGACCUGGAGGUAGCGAAAAAGGGUUUUGAUUAUGCCCAGAAAAGGAAGAAGUGGCUUUUUGUAAUGGCUGCUUUGGGCUUCUCUGGUUAUGGAGCUUACAGGGUUUAUCACUUGCCUUCUGUUUCUCGAAAAAGAAAGAGGCUUUUGAAGCUUUUAGGAGCUUUAGUUUCUGUAGCUGAAGUAGUUUCGGACUCUGCUGAGUCGAUUGGAGUUGUGUCUAAAGAUUUAAAGGACUUUCUUCAAUCUGAUUUUGAUGAAAUUCCAAAUGGUUUGAAGCAAGUUUCGAAGAUUUGUAGGUCGGAUGAGUUUUCGGGGUCUGUUGUUAAGGUCACACAAGCUGUAACAUUGGGAGUUUUGAGGGGUUAUCAAGCACAGGCUAAGAGUCAGAGUAUUGGUGGUGAUGGAGUUUCUAGUAAUACAGGCUUUAUGGAUCAAGUUAUGGAUAAGCUGUUUACCAAGGCAGGGACUGGUUUUGUAUCUGUUGUUGUUGGGAGCUUUGCUAAGAAUCUGGUGUUAGCUUUCUUUUCGGAUGAGCAGUCUGGUGCAGGAUCAAAUUCGACUGGUUCUCCAAGGAAGGAUCAAUUUGGUAUGAAGAUGAAUGAUGUUCCAAGAUGGGUGGAUGUGGCUUGUAGCGAAAAGUGCAGAGACCUGAUUGCUGAUUGUAUCCAGCUAUUUGUGAGCACAGCUGUUGCGGUUUAUCUUGACAAGACUAUGCACAUCAACACGUAUGAUGAUAUCUUCUCUGGGUUAACCAACCCCAAGCAUGAAGCGAAAGUAAAAGAUAUGAUGUUAUCAGUCUGUAAUGGCGCGGUUGAAACUCUGGUUAGAUCAUCUCAUCAAGUGUUGACAAGUUCGAAAUCCAAUGUGAACCAUCCGAAUUUGAGUUCAAGUUCUCAUUUGGCUUUUGAUGAUGGGAGAAAAGACAGUGGGUGGAUCGGUCAAGUAUCCUCUACUCUGGCAGUUCCAAGCAAUAGAAGGUUUGUUCUUGACUUGACCGGACGGGUUACAUCUGAAACAGUUAGAUCUUCCUUGGAGUUCUUGAUGGAGAGACUAUUUGAUGGGAUGCGGAGACGUGUUAAUUCUGCUCGUGUGGAAACUGUGGACAAGGGUGUUGAGGUUGUGAGAUAUGCUGUUGCAAAGUCUUCCGUUAUUGCCACUAUAUGUCUAUCUUUGUGUUUACACAUAAUUGAUAGUCCAUGGCUGUUGGCUCCGGCUUAGCUUGUUGAGUACAUUCUCAUUUGGUAAGUCCAUGGCCAUGUAUACGAGAAUUCUUUUGUGCAACUGCCUGUUUGUUGGCGUGUGUAUAUUUCAAUGAAAUUUCAAAAUUCUUUGAGGAACCGAAGAAGUUCCAAGUGCUGGCUAAGACUGAAGGUGCGCUUAAUUUUGUAUGCGUCCACCCUUCCUGGCAUGCUGGUCCUCAUUAGGUGAUGGCAAUGCGUGCGAGAAAAUAUGUUCCAGAAUUUGUGAAGAAAGAAACUUCAUUCUUCAUUGGGCAAUUGUGUCCCGAUUUAGCUCUGUUUAUCAGCUAAAUGAUACACUGUAUACCUAAAGUUGGAUUUAGAACCUUUUAAUUACUUUUAGUGGUUGUGAACCUGCACCAAUUACACCAUGUACAUAUCAUUGUGGUACUUAAUAUCUUCUCCAAUAUAUUCUUAGAACGUGGUUGCAGGUAUUCAUUCUUCAUGUACAUACAUGUUUCAUAGCUCUUUUCAUAGUAACUUUACUUGGAUAUAAAUCUGCAAGUGCAGUAUUGGACUUUGUUGAAAUUUUGAAAUGUUUUAGUG